AGCCGUGUAGAUGCGAGAUACCAGCCGAGCGCGCGCCACAAAUAACGUUGGAGCCGAAGAUGCAACGAACAACCGUCGUCACAUACUCGUGUUUCUUAGGUGGCCUUUAUUACUGCUUCAACUCAUUGGUAUAUCACCCUUAUACACUAGAAAGGGCCUAUACGAGAUCGGUUUGCCGAAACGACGUGCCAUAUUCAUUACCCGGGCCGUGCUUUUAGCAAAACUAUGCUUGAAUAUUCUGCAUAUCUUCUAUUUGUUGUCGCCCACAAUGCUAGAGUUGCUCUUCGUAAAAAGCAAUACGGAUGGCAUGACGAAUGUGUUGGACAUCGCUCUCUGCAUACUCAGUGAUGCUACAAUAACGUGCAGUUGUGCCGCUAAUACAGAUAAAAUUAUCAACAUCCUCAACAGCUACCUGAAAUUGGACAAACUGCUGAAACAAUUUCCGGAUCCGCUGACGGAGAGGCCUCUCGCAACGAAUAAAUUUAAUCGGUACUUGAUAUGGAUGCUUGGUUUUAACUGCAUUGCAAUCUUCACGUAUGCCAAACAAACCGCGUUUAAGUCGUCAUUAUACUUCUUUGUGCACACACUCAUCUAUCUGCUGCAAAAUGCGAUCUCAUUCAUCUUUGUUGCUUUUAUUUCGGGGCUGUUGUAUCUUCUGGCGGAGCGCCUACGAUUCGUUAACAUGUUGAUAACUCAAUAUAACCGCAGCGGUGUGUCGAACAGGGUUCUGAGUAGAAAUGCGAUCAAUCAAGAUGAAGAGAACUUGCGACGAUUUGCUGAGCAUUCGACUUUGAUCUAUAGUUUGCACUUAGAUUUGCUCAACCUUUACAAAAUGAUCAAUGAGUACGCCGGUUUGGGGCUGCUGGCUUUCGUACUGUACGCCUGUUGCGGUUUGCUCACUUGCAUUUACAUCUUGGCCCUCAACAUUCACAUUCUCACUGAUGAUUUGUUUUACUCGUUGUGGGCUCUGUUGUGGAUACCUUAUUUCCUAACGGGAUUGGUAUUGCUAGCAACGAACUGCGCUAAGGCUACGAGAGAGGCAAAUAACACGUCGCAAAUACUUGCGAGAGUCUACGGAAAGGGCAAGGCAUAUCAAAAUAUUAUUGACAAGUUUCUUACCAAAAGCAUUAGACAGGAUGUGCACUUCACCGCUUACGGCUUCUUUGUUAUCGAUAAUACAACACUGUUCAAGAUUUCCUCAGCUCUGGUCACUUAUCUGGUGAUACUAAUCCAGUUCAAACAGUUGGAAAAAUCCAAGGUUUAGGGAACUGGUCUAAUGGAAUUGCAUCGAAUUUGGCAUAUAAUUUAUGAUUGCUCAACAAUAAAUAGAAAAUAAAGUUAAAUUAGUACUAAGGAAGCUUACUACUAACAGGUCAAUUGAAAAGUAAAUGGUAUGAUACGUCGAUAGCGCUACUAGAACUGAUCCGUAUGAUUUUUAGGUAACCCUAACCUUCAAAAAGCGCGUAUAUUCAUUUGACAGUUUUCGGAUUAUUAGUUUGUUAAUUACAUCAUUUUCAGUGAAUCAAAUUUUAUUUUUCUGAAAAAAAAAAUGGUUAAAAAGUAUAUUUCAGUUGAAAUGAGCACCGAAGACGGACUCCCAAAAGAGGUUAUUGCCGACGAAAAUAUCAAAGAAGUACACAAAACAAUUUAUCAAUCUGAUCUAACGAUAUCUACUGAACUUAUAUCAUAUCAUUCACAAAUAUUUAGGUAUGAGAAAGCCCUGCACAAAGUGGAUACCACGCGAGCGCACUUUUGACCCAGAAAACGACGAGUUGAUGAUUCGGAGCAGUGCAUGGAGAUGUUUAAGCAUAACAAACCCGAGUUUUAGCGUCGAUAUCAGGCAAUGGAUGAAAUUGGCUCCAAAAGUUCACUCCGAAGUCCAUAACUACAGUAAUCUGAGUGGACUGAUACGAAGAACCCAGUACAAAGCGUAGGGAAACGUAACAGUUAUUUGGCGAGGUUAUGGCGACUUUUUUAUUAGGAGUAUACAUCGAAAGACGGAUUGCGGAACUUUAAUCCGCUUAACCUAACCUAGUCCUAUUUCAUAUCUUUCCCACGUGACCACUGGACUAAGUAUUACUUCAUGGGUGUAUGGCGUCUGUGUUUUGGAAUGCGCAUAGAAUAAUUUGUGCCUUGAAGAGAAAGGACCAUCAAGAGCGACUAUUACAUUCAAAUAGAGAGUGUUUUUCACAAAGACAUUGCACUGUGUCCCAAGUCAGUGAAAACACAGAACAUAAAUCGUUAAAUUAUGCUUCGAAUUGCAUCCACCGUAUUCUCCAGAGUUUAUUUCCUGUUCUCAAAUCUCAAAGUAAUGCUCUCUAGGAAGACAUUUUCGUCGAAUGAUGAGGAGAUCGCCGAAGCUGAGGUCUAUUUUAAAGCAAAGGCCAAAUCGUUCUCUCAGAAUGGUAUCAAAAUGCUGGAGGAACUAUGUUGAAUAAUUGAUUAUUUCAUCUUCAUUAUAAAAUCUGUACAAAAUCACGUCUUUAAUAAAGUAUCGGCUUAAAUCGCA